CAAUCUUUUCUUCAUUACUCCCAACAUAAGAAAUAUCGACGCCAAACAAGCCCUCCUCCUUCCCUGACGAUCUCUACGAUGCUUCCCUCCUCAUUUCCUUAAUUCCUAUUCUCAUUUCUAUCUCCUCCAACUUUCAAACUCUUCUCCUUUUCUUCGUCCUCUUCCUCAGAUCCUCUCCUUUGUCCCUCCAGAGAUCUCUGAUUCUGUCUACUUCACGCUUGCUUUCUGUUUGAAGGUUGGAGAUCAAGUUGUGGAUUCUGGAAGAGAGAGGUUGGAGAAAUUAGCUUUAGGAGUUUGAGAAUGGCUUCGAUACCGCAUUCUCAAGUUGGAUUUUUUAGAAGUUCAGCAUCGGAUCUUUUUGGGAGCUCAAGUGAUGGAGUGAGUGGCAUCCCUCUGAAAACCCUAGGUAGGGCAAGAUUUUCGCAGGAGAGGAGAGGAUUCACUGUAACUGCAAAGCUUAGGAAGGUUAAGAAACAUGAUUAUCCUUGGCCAAGGGAUCCGGAUCUGAAUGUCAAGGGUGGACCUCUAAUUCAUCUCUCACCUUUCAAACCAUUAAAAGAGAAACCAAAGCCAGUCACUUUGGAUUUUGAGAAGCCACUUGUUGAGAUAGAGAAGAAGAUUCUUGAUGUGCGAAAAAUGGCAGAGAAAACUGGUUUGGAUUUCACUAAUCAGAUUAUCUCAUUGGAGAAGAAAUAUCAAGAGGCUCGAAAGGACCUAUACACACAUUUGGCCCCUAUACAACGUCUGAGUGUUGCCCGGCAUCCUAACAGGCCUACCUUCCUUGAUCAUGUAUUUAGCAUUACUGAAAAGUUUGUGGAACUUCAUGGGGAUCGGGCUGGUUAUGAUGAUCCAGCAAUUGUUACUGGUAUAGGAACCAUUGAUGGUAGAAGUUACAUGUUCAUGGGUCACCAGAAGGGUAGAAACACAAAAGAGAAUAUUCAACGCAACUUUGGGAUGCCUACUCCUCAUGGCUAUAGGAAGGCUAUGCGCAUGAUGUAUUAUGCUGAUCACCAUGGGUUCCCUAUAGUUACUUUCAUUGACACUCCUGGUGCAUUUGCAGACCUUAGAUGUGAGGAGCUAGGCCAAGGAGAAGCUAUUGCCAACAAUUUGAGGACCAUGUUUGGUCUUAAGGUACCAGUUAUUUCUAUUGUUAUUGGUGAAGGUGGUUCUGGUGGUGCACUGGCCAUUGGCUGUGCUAACAAGUUGUUGAUGCUGGAAAAUGCAGUUUUUUUUGUUGCCAGUCCAGAAGCAUGUGCAGCAAUCUUGUAUAAGAGUGCUAAAGAGGCGCCUAAGGCAGCUAAAUUGCUGAAGAUUACUGCUCCAGAGUUGUGCAAGCUGAGAAUUGCAGAUGGAAUCAUCCCUGAGCCACUGGGUGGAGCCCAUCAAGAUCCAGCUUGGACUUCUCAACAGAUAAAAUUUGCAAUUAAUAAAACAAUGGAUGAGCUGACAAAGAUGGAUACAGAGAUGCUUCUAAAGCAUCGCAUGCGUAAAUUCAGAAAAAUAGGUAAAGUCAAGGAAGGAGUCCCAAUAGAUCCAAUAAAGAAAGUCAACAUGAAGAAGAAAGAACUCAUUGAUCUUCGACCAAUAAACCUGGAAUUGGAGGCUGAGAUUGAAAAACUAAAGAAACAGAUUUUGAAAGCCAAGGAGUCUUCUACGACGCCUUCGGAGGUUGCUUUGACACAGAUGAUAGAAAAACUGGAAAAGGAGGUUGAUCAUGAAUAUGCUGAGGCAGCCAAAACCAUGGGCUUGAAUGACAAGCUUAAGAAGCUGAGAGAAGAAUUUUCAAUUGCUUCAGAAGACGAACCCACAGAUCCUGUUCUAAUUGAUAAGAUUGAGAAACUUAAGAAUGAAUUCAACCAGGGCCUGUCUGCUGCACCUAACUAUGGAAGGCUGAAAUACAAGCUUGACUUGUUGAAGGAGUUUUCUAAGACCAAGAGUCUCUCAAAUGCUGCUCCACUGAAGCAGGAAGUUAAUAAGAAAUUCCAAGAAGUAAUGGAUAGGCCUGAUAUAAAGGAGAAGAUAGAGGUAUUAAAGGCCUUGGUUCAAAAUUCUGGUGCAUCCAGCUUUGGGGAUUUAGAUCAAGAGCUGAAAGAUAGAGUUGUGGAGAUGAAGCAAGGAAUAGAAAUGGAAAUGAUUAAUGCUCUCAAGUCCAUUGGUUUGGAUGCUGAGGUUGUAAAGUCUAAUACUAAAGCUUUCAGUGAGAAAACUCCACUCUCCCUGGUCAGGUCUAAGGUGGACAACUUGAAUGGAGAGAUUAACAAGAAAAUUGAAGAUAUUGUCAAUUCAUCAGAUUUGAAAAAUAUGAUUGAAUCACUGAAGUUGGAGCUGGCAAAGGCUGCAAAAACUCCUAAUCCAGAGUCAAAAAGUAAGAUUGAGUCUCUAGAACAACAAAUUAAGCAAAAACUUUCAAAGGCUUUAAGUUCCCCAGAAUUAAAAAGGAAGCAUGAAAGUCUGAAGGCAGAAAUUUCUGAAGUGGUAGAAUCUCCCGCUGGAUCACCUGAAAAUUUGAAGCAAGACAGAUUGAAGCACCAGGAAUCCAGAGUAGAGAUUAAUGUUGGUACAAACAGCAGCUUUGCUUAGUUUCUUCUAGCCCUGUCAUUAAUUAGCAGCGAAGAUGAUGGUGUUGAUCAAAGAAUUAGAACUGAAUAAAGGUCUUGCAAUGGGUGGUAGUUAACCUCGAACCUCUGCACUGCCACCAAAUUCUCCAUUGUCAUCUUAGUGCCAGACGAACAAGAUUUUGCAUCUAUUUAGACAUUAAUUGCCAGAAUCAUUCCUCGGUCCCCUUUUCUCAAGCUGGAAGUUACAAUUUCGAAUUAGAUACUAAAAUUAUCAGUUCCCAUGUUGCCUUCUUUCCUUUAAUUUAUUGCAAAAUGUGUUUACGGAAAAUUUCCCUUUUUUAUGUUAAACAGAGAAUAGUUUAUAGUUUAUAGAUUGUGCGAAUGACAGCUUUCAGAGUUCCCAGUUAUCAGGAAUGAC